AUUGUAACAUGUAAUCAACAUAGAAAAUAUUAAUAUUGUUUACAUUUUUAACACUCAGCCUUCCAAAUCUAGUGUGUAUUUUAUAUUUACAAAAUAUCUCAGUUGAAGCCAUCCACAUUUCAAGCACGCAACAGCCACAUGGCUUCCGUAUUAGAAAACACAGCUCUAUAAAAUAAUUGCUAACAUUUAUCAAGUGCUUACUACAUGUACUGCUUCAAGCCCAUUGGGUGGGGAUUAUAACUAAUUCAAUCUGACGAUAACAUGAUGAGGUUGUCGUGCUUAUUGUUGUCUCUGUAAGCACACAUUACUGUUCUAAUAGCACCGUGAUGGAAGUUUUGGAGCUUUUACAAGGCUUAUUCCUAAUAUGAUGGGGAUGGAAGCCAGGUCGUAAAGGCUCGCAGAGUCAAGAAGGAGAUGAGGGAGCCGGAAAGGGACAAAAAGUUAUUUAAAACUUAGCUGGUGGUGAAGAGGAAAAGUUAACAGGGUGAGGGAAACACGAGGCCAGGGAGACUUGAAGAUGAAGGAGGCUGAAGAGGAAAGAGGAAGACGGAAGGUCAAAGGGAGAUGACUGGGGAUGUUUGGGACCAAUGUCUCCACAGACAGCUCCACUCUCCAGGAGAAUGCUAUGACCCGUGGUGAGAGGUGGGUGGGGGGGAUAGGGGAUGGUUCUGGGAGAAGUUGAACUGAGUUAUGAUGAAUGAAAUCAGCCAGCAAAGAAGCAAAAAGGGAGAAGAUAGAGAUUUGAGAAGUACUUGACCUCAAGACCUGGUGACUGGUAGGAUAAGGAGGAUGGGAAAGAAUGAGGAUUUGAGGAUGAGUCCCAGGUUUCCUGCAUAGGCAAAGGCAGACAGCGCAACAUUCACUGAGUGACUCUCUGGAGUCAGACAUUGGUCCUGGACAUCACAAACUUAUCUCAUUUAAUCCCCACAGAGGUCCCACUAAAGGCUUGCCAUUUCACAGAUGUGCAAGCUGAGGCAAGAUUGUUGGCCCCAGGGCUCACCAUUAGUAAAUGGAUGAGUCAGGACUUGAGCCCAGUCUAUUCCAGAGAUGGAGAGGGGAGAAAAGUUGAUGUGGGGCUAGAACCAGGACAGAUGGUUCAGGUCUUCUCCUCUGAAUAAAGCGAAGUGCUGGGUUUGGGGAGAUGAGAACCCAGGGAAGGCUGGUGUAGAGUGAAAGGCAAGCAGCCUGCAGAUACGUGGGACUAUAAGGUGCUCCAGCAUGAGGGAGGCAUGAUCAACCUGGGGGAUCCUGCAGAACUCAGCAGCCUGAAAGGGAGGACGGGGAAGUGGAGGGGAAGGGCUGGGGAGCAGAGGUGGAGGAGGGGCCGCAGGUUGGGGGUAAGGUGGGCUUCUGUCCACUGGUAAGGGGAGGAAGCAAGCACAUGGUCAGCAAUGGGAGACCUGUGGGAGCUUGGCAGGGACCAAGCAGGGAAUCUGGCAAAAGAAAAACUUGGGGCGUUGUGGGGCGCAUUGAUGCUGGAUCCAGAACACAGAGGGAGACUUAGAGACCUCCUGAAGGUAACAAAUUCUUCUCUUAACCUACUGCAGGGGAGGUAACAAAGGGAAAAGAGGCCCUAAGAGCCAUGGAAAUAGAGGAAAUCAGGUAAGAGAUAAAUAUCUGCCGAGGGAGGGAAGGGAAGGAAGGAAACUAUGAAAUUACAGGAAAGGAAAGUGAGAGAAAGGCACAAUGCUCCCGGAGAGGUUAAGGAGAGGGAAACUGAAGGUAGAACCCCCUUCACCCAAGGCACUGGGUAACCCAUCACUGAUCCUGUGAGAGUCCAGCUGCAGUGGCGGGGGCUGGGGUAGAAUGGGGGCAGAACCUGAACCAGGCCAGGCCCACUGAACUGUCCCACCUCAACCCAGACCAGGACCAGACUCCAGUCAUUGGUCCCGUGUAGUCCGUUUCUUCAUCUGUAAACAGGGUUAAUGACAGGUAACUGAUGUCCAAGUAUUUGGAAAGCGCGACAACAAGGGAAGGAGUUGUUACUAUAAAAGUCUAUGGAUUUACACAGGGAGAUGUAUACCCAGAGCCAGAUGAGGAAAGUCCUUGUGGCCAGUGUAGAUAUGUCCAGAAUGGCCCAGUAGAUUCCAAGCUCCUCUACCUGCCCAAUUUAGUGAGUUCAGGGGUCAAUGUCUGGCCUUGCGGUGAGGUAGGAGGUGGGGGCCUGCAGCUAGACCGGUGAGGUUCACCACCGGCUAGGGGAACAAAGCCUGGGGCUGAGUUCAGCCCUAUCCGGCUCCAGUCUUCUCGGUCACAGGCCCAAGCACUUAGUCCCUCCUCGGCACAUUCAGAGAACAGGCCCGGGUGAUGCUUAUCCAGCUAAACCUGGCUCCCUGCGGGGACCUUGCUCCAGCAAAAUUCACGUUAUCUCCUUCCACAUAGAACGAAAAUCUCGGUUCCAUGUCUUUGCCCAGCUUCGCGCCCUCACCACCCCAGCGAUAUGGCCUGGUUAGGUCCUUAUCCCCACUCAGGGGAGCUUCUCCUUACCCGGAACGGAGGAUGAGGCAAAGGGAGAGGGGGAAGAAACAGAGGGAAAGCGGUGGUGGGGGGAGAGGGCGGUAAAGAGGCAGGAAAGGGAGAAAGAGACAGACAGCCUUAGCCAGAAACGGAGAGACCAGCACAGUUAGCCAGAAAGAUCUGGAGGGGCCAGCAAGAGACACAAGCCCUCGCCACGAAUUCAGUAACGAGUCCUUCCUCAGGUGUUUCUGGGGCGCCUCCGAGGUGCUCCGCCCGGGUCUGCUCUGGACGCGACCGGCUGCAGGGUGCGGCAGUCUCCCCCCACCCCCUCGCCGUCUCCUCCCCACCUCUCCCAUGGGGGCCGGAACGGCUUCGGCGCGCGGGGGCUUUUCGGACCAGUCGAGUGGAAAAUAGACUUUAACCCGCUUUGUGGCAACAAGGGCGCCCGGAGCGCUCUCCCUGGCCGAGACUGCGGGCGCUCAAGCAGGCCACUCUCAAGACCUGGCCUGGAGUCCUUGCAGAGCCUCGCGGCACGAGGACCUUCUGGCCUCUGGGCGCCGGGACGCACUGCCUGGAUCCGCGAACCCGGGCCGCGGCCAGGCCGCUCUGACUAAGCCGGGCAGCAGCGAGGAAGCAGGUCGGCUUCUCGCAGUGCACUGGCAGGGUGCGGGUCCCAGCCUCCCCAUCACCGCCUAGUGUCCUCUUAGGCCUGGAUAUUGGAAGGCCCCGGUGGAAAAGUUUGCUGAGUAUUUGUUCUCCUUCCCAACUGCCCUCUCAUCCCCGACGAAUUAGUGCACGAAAUGGAAACUGGCUGGAGUAGAGUAGUCCGCUGCUCCGCGUUGGCGAGUGGAAGGUGAGAGUCGGAGGAGGCCAGGUGGCCGCUACGUUCCCGGGAUGAUCUGUGUGUCUUCUUGGAGGGUCUUAGGCGUUGAUUGUGGACUGUUCGGCCACCUCCAACGUAAGACAGUGUCUUCAAGGCCCGGGCCUGUCCUGGACUGCCUGCACCUGAGCUCCACAAUCAGAGAAGACAAGGAAAGCAGAUGGCCCUGCGGGCCGGUCGCGAUGCCCGUAGCUGGGCCAAGGUCCUGCUUCCAAGCCCGGAGAACUGCAGCUUGAGACGUCUGGGUGACCACUCCGCCAGCUCCUCCAGCGCUCUCCCUGGCCUGGCCUCUUCUGAAAAUAACUGCGCGACCGCUUUCCGAAGCUGUCCCCCUUACCACCCAGAAAACGAGAAACCUCAGGAACAAGGCCGCGGCUUCGGACUGCGUCCCAGGAGACGGACGAUGGGAGAUUCCGAGGGUCCUAGCGGCCAGGGGAGCAAGUUCUCAGGAGAAAUCUAUUCGUUGGACCCCAAACACCCACAUUGCACUCGAAUUCAAGUUAUCUGAGAACUGAAACGACAUCCCGGGACGAACUGGAGAGGGUUCAACUGGUUUACACACUGGGGAGUGGGGCUGGAGAUUCUCCCAAGCCCCAGACCCCUCACACACCUCCUUCGGCUCCCGCCUGGGUGGAGACGCUUGCGGCUGCCGCCAGACUCAGCUAAAGGGCAGAGAUGCGAAAAGACGGGAGAGCAGGAGGAGGCCUAGCUCGCCCGGCACAAGCUCCAGUCCGGUUUUUGCCUCCGACUGCUGGCUCCUUUCCCUUCCCGCGGUCCCUCGCCCCGCCCCGCCCCGCCCCCCACCUUGGGGCAGGUGAGCGGCGGCCAAUGGGCGAGCGCGGGGCAGGUGCCCGCUAACUCUCGCCUAGCAGCGCGGUGGCCGAGGCCGGGCAGGACAUUGCUGGGAGGACCGGGGGCGGGGGUCGGUCCUGGCUGGACUCGGAAGGGAAGGGGCCGGGCUCAGUCCCCAGGCGGUAGAAGCAGCUCGUAGCUUCGUUCGGAGCCCGCGCCGGUACCGGCGCCGGGAGCUGCCCGCUUGGCCGCAGAGGCCGGCGCGCCUAGCCUCGCGCCGUGGCCCGACUCUGCGUUCGCUGGCUCGCACGCCCCUCGCGGCUCCGCGCCUGGCUUGUGGGCAGGGGCUGAGCGCGGGCGGGCGGGCGGGGGAGGUGAAGGGUGCUGGUGUGUGUGCAUGUGCCUGGCUGGGUGCACACCCCGCACGGCGGCGGCGCCAGGACGCGGAGCGCUCCCCAGAGCCCGGGUGCCUCGCUCGGCUCUGGCGGCCGCGACCAUGUUCCAGCCCACAGCCAAGCGCGGCUUUACCAUCGAGUCUUUGGUGGCCAAGGACGGCGGCACUGGAGGGGGCACUGGCGGCGGCGGCGCAGGCUCCCAUCCCCUGGCGGCGGCCGCCUCGGAGGAGCCGCUCCGGCCCACGGCGCUCAAUUAUCCUCACCCCAGCGCAGCCGAAGCAGCCUUCGUGAGCGGCUUCCCCGCCGCCGCGGGCGCCGGCCGCUCGCUCUACGGCGGUCCCGAGCUCGUAUUCCCCGAGGCCAUGAACCACCACGCGCUGACCGUGCACCCAGCGCACCAGCUGGGCGCCUCCCCGCUGCAGCCCCCGCAUUCCUUCUUCGGCGCCCAGCACCGGGACCCUCUACACUUCUAUCCCUGGGUGCUGCGGAACCGCUUCUUCGGCCACCGUUUUCAGGCGAGCGACGUGCCCCAGGACGGGCUGCUUCUGCACGGCCCCUUCGCGCGCAAGCCCAAGCGGAUCCGCACGGCCUUCUCGCCCUCGCAGCUGCUGCGAUUGGAGCGUGCCUUCGAGAAGAACCACUACGUGGUGGGCGCCGAGCGGAAGCAGCUGGCCGGCAGCCUCAGCCUCUCCGAGACGCAGGUGAAGGUGUGGUUCCAGAACCGGAGGACAAAGUACAAGCGGCAGAAGCUGGAGGAGGAAGGGCCCGAGUCGGAGCAGAAGAAGAAGGGUUCCCACCAUAUCAACCGGUGGCGCAUUGCCACGAAGCAGGCCAACGGGGAGGACAUCGACGUCACCUCCAAUGACUAGGGUGGGCAGCCGCAACCCCACCAGGGCAGAGUGCCACGCGCUGCUGGCCAGGCCCCCCCACCGGUGGGCCCAGCAGGACUCUGGCCACUCCUCGGCCGGGCUGCGUGGAGGCCUCAGGUCACGGCCCCGGAGGGCUCGGAGCCUGGGGCCACCACCGACAGAGGGACUAGACAUGGGCUGGCUGAGGCCCAGGACUGCUCGACCUUCUCCUUGGAGAGCCUGCCCGCCUGGGCAGUGCAGCCUCCCAGCCACUCUCCAUUUCUCUUAUCUCCUUUUCGUUUUGACGCAUUUCUGUUUUAAUUUAUUUUGCAGGCACCCGCUGUAGUUCUUAGUGAUCCCCUUGUGUCUCCCUUCCCUAUGGGAACAAUAAAAGUCUCUCUCUUAAUGA